UAGCCCCAGGACGGAGUCAAGCGGGUAGAACUCGGAGGGUGAAGACAAGCAGGUGCUGGGCCUUCCAACACACACGCGCGGGUGCGCGCGCACAAAGAUGGCGAAGAAUGCACUUCCGGCAAGUGUCCUUACGAAUGCAUCCGGGCGUCUGCAGCAGGUACCGCCCAAGGCGUUCCGGCCCCUUUGCUGCACAGCCAACAACGGUGAUGGCGGGCAGACAGUCUGGUUGGAGCCAGGCAGCUCUUCUCCACUUUCUUCUUGGCAUGUGCCUAACGGUGAUGCCACCUACCCAGGCCCGGAGUCUGCGCUUUGUUACCUUGCUGUAUCGACAUGGAGAUCGGUCACCAGUGAAGACAUAUCCCAAGGACCCCUAUCAGGAAGAGAAAUGGCCCCAGGGUUUUGGUCAGCUAACCAAGGAGGGGAUGCUGCAGCACUGGGAGCUAGGCCAGGCUCUAAGGCAGCGCUACCAUGGCUUUCUGAACACCACUUACCACCGACAAGAGGUUUAUGUGCGAAGCACUGACUUUGACCGUACUCUCAUGAGUGCUGAGGCCAACCUGGCUGGACUCUUCCCUCCCAAUGAAGUGCAACGUUUCAACCCUAACAUUUCAUGGCAGCCCAUCCCUGUUCACACUGUGCCCAUCACUGAAGACAGGCUGCUAAAGUUUCCGUUGGGUCCAUGUCCCCAUUAUGAGCAGCUGCAGAAUGAGACUCGGCAGACUCUAGAGUAUAAGAAUAUGAGUAUUCAGAACGCACAAUUUCUGGACAUGGUGGCCAAUGAGACAGGGCUUAUGAACCUGACCCUAGAGACCAUCUGGAAUGUGUAUGACACACUCUUUUGUGAGCAAACACAUGGGCUGCUCCUGCCGCCCUGGGCCUCACCCCAAACCGUGCAACGUCUGAGCCAGCUAAAGGACUUCAGCUUCCUCUUCCUCUUCGGGAUCCACGAGCAAGUACAGAAGGCCCGACUUCAGGGUGGAGUUCUGCUGGCUCAGAUACUGAAGAACCUGACACUCAUGGCAACCACCUCUCAAUUCCCUAAGCUUCUGGUUUACUCCGCGCAUGAUACUACCCUUAUUGCUUUGCAAAUGGCACUGAAUGUCUACAAUGGGAGACAAGCUCCCUAUGCUUCUUGCCACAUGUUUGAACUGUAUCAGGAAGAUGAUGGGAAUUUCUCAGUUGAGAUGUACUUUCGGAAUGACAGUAAGAAGGCACCCUGGCCUCUGAUCCUGCCUGGCUGCCCUCACCGCUGCCCACUGCAGGACUUCCUUCGCCUCACAGAGCCUGUCAUACCCAAGGACUGGCAGAAGGAGUGCCAGCUCAUAAGUGACACUGCAGACACAGAGGUGAUUGUGGCCUUGGCUGUCUGUGGCUCCAUCCUCUUCCUUCUAAUAGUGUUGCUCCUCACUGUCCUCUUCCGGAUGCAGGCUCAGCCUCCUGGCUACCACCAUGUUGCAGACAGGGAAGACCAUGCUUGACAACCUGUCAACCUCAGUCCCCUUCCUCUGCUUCCUAGGGGAGGUGAGCUGAUCCCAGCGCUUAGCCUCCCUGAUUACCUAAGCCCAGAUGAACGAGUGAGACUCUCCUGGGCUGUGAACCUGUGACUCACCAUCUACACGCCUGGUGUUUACCAUGUGCUGUGCUGGACACUGGCUGUGAACCUGUGACUCACCAUCUACACACCUGGUGUUUACCAUGUGCUGUGCUGGACACUGGCUUUCUCCAGAUGGGAUCUGUCUCUCCUAUACUCCCUAAGGACCUGAGAUACAGACUAGGAUUCAGUUUCCACUCAGGACCUGGGAUACAAAAACAAAACAAAACUGAAGCCGGUGCUUGACCUGCCUUGCUCUUUGUCUUCUAGCCCACACCUUUGGAAAAUGGCAUAGAGGACAUUGUCCCUUGAUACUUUUUUUUAGAGGCAAAACUGCAAAUCACUGGGAGUGUAAAAUGUGGCUGUCAAGGAACUGGGUCAUCCAACAGUGGAGUUUCCCUGUGGCUGAGGCUACUGUUAGUGUCAACCCUUGGCUUGAGCAGGGUCUCAGGCAGGUCUGAAAGAUUAUGUGUACUGUACCUGGAUGAGUGGGAGGACACAGGCAGGAGAGAGACACAUCAUGAAGUGAGUCUCCCGCAGCUGGGCUGGGCUCUUUAGACCUGAACUGGACUUGUUUAGGGCUGCAGGGACUCAGAAGAAAUGAAGGUCUGACUGAGUGCUGGCUCUGUACCUUUCUUGUCUCCCCCACUCUGACACCCAAGCAGCACUCUUACAGGUUGUGCUAGGUCUGCUCAGAAGCCCAGCUGCUUUGGGUUUUUUAGUUGGUGUACAAAGGAAAUGCUUUUAUUGGCCAUGUAAAGACUGAACAUAAAUUUUAAGAAAUUCCCUGGUUAUUCUGCUACCACACAUCAGGAAAAAGAAAAGUACCUUGGCUCUAAGAUAAACUUAGCUCCAGUCUAAAGACAGCAGGGACCCUUAGCGCAGGACCUCUGCUCCGUUUUCUGGAGCAAAAUCUAGAGCAGUAACAUGGCAAUAUCUUAGUCCCACAGUAUCCCACAUCACAAGUGUCCCUUCUCCAACCCUGGGUACGUCUGGUCCCUCAACAAACAGUUGCCUCUUCUCACAGAACUUCUUCCCACGUGUGGGGUUCAGGUGUUGCUGUCUCAUGCCCUCUUCAUUGUCUUUUGUGAUAUUCAUGUGACCUGGCUUCCUCUUGGUUCCAAAUGAGAAUAUGAUAACCUAGAA